GUGCUCGCUGGCUCGCUCUCGGAGUGCGCAGACGCAGGGCAGCGAGUGGACAUUUUGGUCUUUGUCCGCGGGUCAGCGCGGCCUCGGGGUCCACGUGGCGCCAAAAAGCAACUGAGAAAUGACAAGUACAUAGAGCUUCAUCAAGAUCUGCGAGAACAGACUUCGCUUUUUAAAAGGCAAACAUUUUUCAAAGCUUCAAGUUUGAAACACAAUUUAGAUUUUAACAGGAAGUUUUAUGGGGAAGAAUCAUGUGAUUUUUGUAGAGUUUGGAAAUCCUCUACCAUAGCUUUCUCCUCCUGGUAAGAAUAUCUUACAAGAGGCAGUGUGGAAAUGCCUGCAGCUUAAACACUGCCCCAUUUGUUAGUGGAGCAUGCGGACUAGAGUAAAAGCCUAUGAAUUUACUCAAAUGCCACAUCUCAUUGAACAUAGAAGUCAUGCUGAGAGGAAGCCUGGUGUUUCUAAGGAAUAUUGAAAAGCCUUUAGCUAGAUGACAGAUCUCUCAACAUCAGAAAAUUCAUGCUGGAGGAAAGCAAGUGAAAUUUGCAAAAGCAACAUUGACCAUUAGAAAACUUGCACUGGGAAGAAAGGUUUAUACUGAUAAAGGUCUCUUAAGCAUUGUUCUGUACUUUGCAUUUGUAUGAGAGGUCAGACACAGAAGCCUUGGAACUAUAAGAAAUGUGGAAAUAUCCCCAACCAAAAGUAACCCCUCAGUUCUCAAAGAUUUCGUAAUUGGAGAUAAACCUUGUGAAUGUGAUAAAGCUUCCAUUCAGAUGUCACACCUCAGUCAGCAGAGAAUUUUAAGUGGGGGAAGCCCCUUUGCCUGUAAGGUAUGUGGGAAACUCUUUAGCCACAAAUCAAAUCUUACAGAGCACGAGCAUUUUCACAAUAGAGAGAAACCUUUUGAAUGUAAUGAGUGUGGAAAAGCCUUUAGCCAGAAGCAGUAUGUCAUUAAGCAUCAGAACACUCAUACUGGAGAGAAGCUUUUUGAGUGUAAUGAUUGUGGAAAGUCCUUUAGCCAGAAGGAAAACUUGCUUACCCAUCAGAAAAUUCACACCGGAGAGAAACCUUUCGAGUGCAAAGAUUGUGGGAAAGCUUUCAUUCAGAAGUCAAACCUCAUCCGACAUCAGAGAACUCACACAGGAGAGAAACCCUUCAUAUGUAAGGAGUGUGGAAAAACCUUUAGUGGCAAAUCAAAUCUCACUGAGCAUGAGAAAAUUCAUAUUGGUGAGAAACCUUUUAAAUGUAAUGAAUGUGGGACAGCUUUUGGCCAGAAAAAGUACCUCAUAAAGCAUCAAAACAUUCACACUGGAGAAAAACCCUAUGAAUGCAACGAAUGUGGGAAAGCCUUUUCUCAGCGAACAUCACUUAUUGUGCAUGUGAGAAUUCAUUCAGGUGAUAAACCCUAUGAAUGCAACGUAUGUGGGAAAGCCUUCUCUCAGAGCUCAUCUCUAACAGUGCAUGUGAGGAGCCAUACCGGUGAGAAACCCUAUGGCUGCAAUGAAUGCGGGAAGGCCUUUUCUCAGUUCUCAACCCUGGCCCUGCAUUUGAGAAUACAUACAGGUAAAAAGCCUUACCAGUGUAGUGAGUGUGGGAAGGCUUUCAGCCAGAAGUCACACCACAUUAGGCACCAGAAAAUCCAUACUCAUUAAACACUCUGAAUGUCUCCAUUAAGAGGCUGCGCACCACAGAUCAGCCAAACAUUUCAGAGAAAAUGUCAUAACCACCGGAGAAUUCAUACCGAAGGGGAAGUCUGUAUGAUCAAAGCCUGCGUUCUAACAUAACAGAACGAAACCAAUGCUGAGACUUUACAGUUCUCUAUAGUUGAGAGUGGAGAAAGGGCUGGCACUGCUAUCAGCAUAGAUCUGGAAGUCUCCGCCAGUCUAAUAAGUAAGCUGUAAUAGAAGAAACAAAGUAAGUUAUAUGAUCAUGCAGUAAUAUGUAAUGUAAUUUCAAGAGGAUAGCAAUUAUAGAAUAACUAUGCAUUUACCAAGAUGUAGAAUAUGAAAAGAAUUGUUUCAGAUGAACAUGAAGACUAUGUUUGGAGGCAGAUUGUUCUCUGAGGAGCAAAGCUACACACCACAAACUAUAAACAACACUAAAGGUUAAAUAUAUGGAAACUGAAAGCAGAAAUAUAAAAACGGUAUACAUUAAACAAGAUUAUGACCUUGGGAGUGGGAAAACAUUCCUUGUAACAUUUGAAAUUACUUAGUAAUUCUCAUGAGUAAUUAUGCUCGGGCACUUAUGUACCAGGACAUGUGUCAUUUAGAGUAGCCAAAUAUUAGAAUUGAUACCUUGUUAGGAAUGAAAUGAGAAGUUUUUAGGUGGACUAUUACCUAGACAUCUGGCAGAUGCAACAAAUGAGGUGUGUGUCGCUGGAAGGAUUCUGGAAGUGAUGUGGGGGGACUCAAGUUGCAGAAUGAUGCUUAUAGUACAGUGACCCUGUCAAGCUAAAAUCUCCUUCUUGAAACUCAGCUAAUCAUGGUAUAAAUGCAUAUAUGUGUGUAAAUGAGAUGCACAGAAGGGUGCAAACCAACUCCUG